AUGGAAAAAGAAGGGAAAAGCCAAAGAGAGUCUAAAGCUACAGAGUCAGACUUUGUAUUGCAAUGGGGGAACAGAAAGAGGCUUAGAUGUGCGAAGGUGAAGAAAGACCAAAGCUUGAGCAACACCAAAUCGUCAGACUGUUUGAGGAAGAAGAAAAUCGCUUCUCGUGCCGAGAAAGAGUCUCCCGCUCCACUACCCCAGCGCAUCGACAAGAAUUCAGCUUCGCCGAUGAAUAGUGGGAAGUUAUUUGUUACUUCACCGGAGAAGGAAGAUCGGUAUUACACAACAAGGGGUUCAAUAGGCUUGGAUGAUAAUGGGAAGGUGUUAGGAUUAGAUUAUCCUGGUCAUGCAAGGGAUGACAAAGGAGGCCAUGUGUGGCCAAGGUUGUUUCUAUCAUUGUCUAGUAAAGAAAAGGAAGAGGACUUCAUGGCUAUGAAAGGGUGUAAGCUACCUCAAAGGCCCAAGAAAAGAGCAAAGCUGCUCCAAAAAAGCUUACUUUUGGUAAUGCCAGGUGUAUGGUUAUCAGAUUUGUGCCAGGAGAGGUAUGAAGUGAGGGAGAAGAAGGCUUCAAAGAAGAGACCCAGAGGAUUGAAGGCCAUGGGAAGUAUGGAUAGUGAUUCAGACUGA